CCUGUCCGGUGAGCGUCGAACGACUGAAGCGGUGGCCCACAAUGCAUUGCGAUGGCGGGUAGGCGUGUGUAGGCGGAGCCAGGGCCGGAAGUAGAACGGUGGCGGCGGCGGUGACUCUGGCAGCUCGGGACUGAGUGCAAGUACCAGAGACUCACCAUGAUUCUUCAGAGGCUCUUCAGGCUGUCCUCUCUCCUUCGGUCGGCAGUCUCUGUGAACUUGAGGAGGAACAUUGGUGUUACAGCGGUGGCGUUUAAUAAGGAACUUGAUCCGGUACAGAAACUCUUCGUGGACAAGAUAAGAGAGUACAAAUCAAAGCGACAGACAUCUGGAGGACCUGUUGAUGCUGGCCCAGAGUAUCAGCAAGAUCUGGACAAAGAGCUUUUUAAGCUUAAACAAAUGUUUGGUAAAGGAGAUAUGAAUACGUUUCCUACCUUCAAAUUUGAAGAUCCCAAAUUUGAAGUCUUCGACAAACCCCAGUCCUGAAGAAUACUAUAAAAUCCAUCUGGUAAUUUAGUUGUACAACUAAUUAAAAAAUUCAAAUAAACUUUCAUUUC